CGUGCGUAUUCGAGACAUCGUCCGGCAGUUGACGGGAAUCAGCUGUCAAUUCAAGUUCAGUGUUGAUUGUGAAGUUUGACUGAAAUCCGAGAUAAGUUCUUUAAUGCUCGUUCACAGUGAUCAAUUUUGAAUUGUGGAGGGUCUGCCAGGAAAUGAAAACGUACGGAAGAAAGAAAUCCUUUCAAAAGUGCACCCAAAUUAGUAUAGACUUCAAAGAAAUGUGCCGUCUGUGCUUAUGUUGCAGUGGAGACAGACAAAACAUUUUUAACAGCAGAGGAGAAGUGCCACUUCCUUUAAAGAUUCUAACCUGUGUGUCAGUUGAGGUGUAUGAAGGUGACGGCCUUCCAACAGAUGUGUGUAAAAAGUGCUUAAAGCUGCUUGAAAUAUUUUAUAAGUUUCGUAAACAGUGUGAGGAAGUUAAUAGCAAGCUUCAUGAUAUCUCAAAGAAGCAUAAAGAUGCACCAGAAUCAGAGGUAUUGCAACAAAAACAGGAAGAUCGAAGAAAAAUGACCUUUGUUGACUUAUUGUACAAUGCUAGCAAGGAUAUUAAAGGAGAGAUUGUAUUGGAUGAUACAACAUGUGUUAUGAACACAUUGUUAAUAGAUUGUGAAAAUAUAACAGGAACCAAUAAUGACUCCCUUCAAGAAGCAACAUUGGACCAUAGAAUCAACACCAUUUACAAUAAUAAUAACAACAUCAAAGAUAAUAACAGUAAUGUUAAUGCCCAGGAGCAAAGUGGAAUUAUUUCUGAUACAAGAGGUGACAAUGUUGGUCAUUGGCAAAGUGCAGAAAAUAAUACAACAGAAAAUACUCAUUUUCAUAUCAGUGAAAAUAUUUCAUCAGUUGAAAAUACAUCUCCAAAUAACAUUAGAAAUGUAUCAGCAGAAGAAUGUGUUACAAGCAAUCACGUGGAAGCUUCUAAAUCACAGUCAUUAACUUCAUUCACACAUUUGGAACCUCUCUCAGCCAACUCCGAAGGGUUAAUUUUUAGAUGUGACAAGUGUCCCAAAGGAUUUUCAAAACGAAUAGACUUGAAACGACAUAGCUCAGUGCAUGACCAACAAAGAGGUUUUGUGUGUGCUGUAUGUGAGAAAUGGUUUCCUAAUAAAACAAGCUACAAGAGACAUGAGAGAAUACACACUGGUGAAAAGCCAUUCUCAUGUUCAUAUUGUCAAAAAUGCUUCUCACAAGAUUCAAUUCUGUCUAGACACCUGCUCAUUCACACAGGAGAAAAACCAUUUAAGUGUGAAUUGUGUGGCAAAGGAUUUACUCAAAGGGAAGGACUGAAAGUACACAAGCGGCAACAUGAUUACAGCAAUCAUGAUAAGCAACAGCAGCCACAAUACUACUGCCCUUUGUGUAAAAAAGGUUUCUGCCACCAGUCUGGUCUUUCAAGACAUCUCAUUACUCACACAGGAAAAACAUUUGAUUGUCCAAUGUGUUCUAAACCAUUUUCAGAUCAGUCUUCACUGAAGAGGCACACUAAGAAGCACAAUUCUAUUAAAAAUGAAAUGGAUUUGUAGCCAAAAACAAGCAAAGAAAUAGAAAUACUUUGGAGACAUAUAGGAUAUCUGGAGAGAUAAAAUUUAGACUUAUGAUAUUUGUAACAAAAUUAGGCAUGGAAAUUUUAUACUAAAUUAAUGAUAAUGUUAGAUAAUCUGGCUCAAAAUCUUUAUACAGAUCUACUUUGCCCUUGUGUACUAGCAUUCAAAAUUUUGUUUAAUCAACAGACGAUGAAAUAUAGCCAAAAAAUAUAUUCUUUGAAAAAAAGGAAAAGUAAAUAAAAUGUUUAAUUGGUUAUGCCCACCUAAAUUCAACAUAUUUUUGAGGAGUAUCUAUAAUAUGGGGGGAUUAUAUUUUCUUAAUUUAUAAAAAAUGUUCUGAUAUCUUUGAGAAUGUAAUUUAUGUACUUUUCUUGGACACUGUCUUGUAUGAUGCUUAACUUUGAUUUCUUGUAUUAAAAUAGUUAUGUAUGCUAUUUAAACAUUAUCAUAAACAAUUAAACUGUACAGUGUCAAAGUGGAUUAAGAUUUUCUGUAGUUGGUCAGUUUCUCUUAUUAGCAUUUUGAACUUAUAUUUUAGAUGUUAUGGAUCAAUUUGCAUUGAUGAUGGUACUGUCAGAACACUAUGAAAAUGGAAUCAACAAUUUCUUAAUCAUUAAUGUAAAGAGUGUCAGUAUUAUGAAAAUGUAAACCUUUAUAAAGAUAAAUUAUUUAUAUUACCAUUCUAUUUUAUUAUUGAUUAUUUGGAAUUAUUAUAAUAUAUUUUAAUACUUACAGAUUAUCUUCCAAUAUAAUAUAUAACUUAUUAAAAUUACAACUUUUCAUUUGGAAGAAAUUGAUAAACUUUUUAGAAUUUCAUCCAGACUUUUUAGAAUGAAUAAUGAAGAUUGAAUGUGUAUUUCCAUCUAGAUUUUUUCAUCAGCUGCUUUUUUUAUGUUAAGUGUUAAAAAGUAUAAAUUCUUAAUUCUUGUCUAGUUAAUGCACAUCAGUCUCUUGUAUCCAAAACUUUUGUUCAAAUAAAUAUUCAUUCUGAAACUCUUGGGGGCUGCUUUUUAUGUUCAUAACUGACAAGCAUUAUUGCUAUGGGUGGGAACCCAAGAACCUUUGGAGUCUUUAAUUCAAUAUUUAUUAUUCAGAAAUUCAUUUGAAUUCCUAGAUAUUUUGGUAUGAUUGCUGAGCUGUUUUUUCUCCUUUCAUUUAAUAGUUAUAUUAAUAGUCUGUUAAUGAUCUUAUUUGAUGCUCAAUAAAAUCUUCCAGUUCUUCAUCACUAACUUCUGAACUAGAACAAUUUUCUUCUUUUUUUUCUGAUUUGCUUUAUUGAUCUUAUUCUGAAGCCUAAUUUGUCUU